ACCGACUGUAAAUAUUAAAGAACACUUCCAGUGAUCAUCUUUUUGUCACUGUUUUUAUCGCAUUUGUAGAGAGCAAAUAUAGUGGAGCAAAUACGUCACCAAGAAAAGUGAAAGCUAACAAAGAACGACGAAAAAAUUUAGCAACUAGAAAUCAACGUCGAAGAUGCUAUCACUUCAAAAGACUCGACGAAAUUAAAGAGUAUUUGUAACUUUAAGGACAACUUUCAAGUCUAAAUCAACACAAAUGUCGAUGCAAGAUUGCUUGAAGGGUUUAUUUGAAUAACCAAAUUAGACGAGAAUUUAUGUAAAACAGUAUUUUCAUUGUAUAUUAUAGCAGAAAAAGAUGUUAUGACUUGCACUAUUUGAAAACAAACCAAAGCAAAUAAUGGCCCAACCAGUAUUUAAUAACACUGAUAUAAAAUUUGAUAAAAACGAGGACAGCGUGUCUUACACUGAGUGGACGCUAAUUGGAGAAAAUGGAAAUUCUAUACCCGAUGGUAAUAUAUCAGAAGAAAAUGAUAAACAUUGUCUGGAGACCAUCGGUGGCGAUAAGAGUGAUAACACAGAUCUUAGUAGUGAAGCUGUAGAAGCUCUGGAAGGAAUUGAAAUUCUUGGAAGUGACAUAGAAACUCCAUGUGAUAAAGAAAACGGAGCAUUAAGUGAGGCGCAUGCUGAAGAUUCUGAUGGUGUAUCCGUUAUUACAGAAAGUGAUACAGAAAAUGUCAUUGUGACUAAAAGAGUUAAGGAUAAAACUGAUCGCAAAAGUAAACCAUGUAACGCAUUAAGGAAAUUAAUAAACACGUAUGAAAAAACUCCUCUGCAGGUCAGAGCAGUUAUAAGUUUUCUAGCUGCAUGUUCUCUGGCUGCCAUUGUAGGUCUAGGUGCUGGGCAUAUCUUAAAUAUGGAUAGUAAAUGUACUGUUUCAAGUGCAGUUGAUCUUGAAAGCCUUAAAGUUGAAAGUAAUGCCCUUAUUGAUCAAGUGAAAGAAUUGAGUGAAGUGAAAGGUGUACUGAAUGAAAUUAAAGAAAGUAUUCUUCAAGUUACCUCGCUCUCUGAAAAGCAUUUGCAUGAAGAAAAAAUUGAAGAUAUAAUAAAGAUAUUUAAAAAUGCUGAGAAACACCAAAAAAGGUCAAGUGACUUAACUAUCGAUCCAGAUAUUAUAAUUUUAGAACAGCUUCAGAUAUGUUUGGACACAGUGUGCUCGGUUAUUAAAGGGAUCGAAGGUAGUUCCAAUUCUGAGGCUGUAAAUUGCAAACCUCCUAGCGUACUUCUAGACUUGAUGGCAUUCAAAAGGACCUUAAAUGAAGUGACUGCAAAAUUUAGUGAUAAUGAAAAUCCUGCAGAACUCAGGUUUUUACGAGAUGCUGAAGAUAAAGUCAGGAAUAUAUGCCGUCUGCUUCUAGCAGAUUUGUCAGAGACAUUCAACAAAUUAACAAUGAGAGUCCAACAAAAACUAAAUAAUGUCAGGCGUAAAUUAAAUAAAAGAUUGUGCCUUCUAAGAGAUACAAUGUCAAAUAAUAACUUACUCGUGUCAUUAUCGGGAAAUAACUCCUUUCUGAUGAGUUGCGAUUUAAUUCUUAAAAAAACUUAUACAAACAUUGACCACUUAAAAAGUGUUAAAGAUUUAGAGAAACAACAGAAUCAGAAAACAAAGAGGACACCCAAAGAUAAAAGUAUGAAACAUUCAUGUGCAGUAUUAACUCCAAGUGGAAAUGCACAUUCUAUAAGUGAUAAUUCUAUCCCAGAUAUAACAUAUCCCUCAAAUGAGAAUAUUUCUAAAAAGAAGUACCGAACUAAAAAAAAUAGAAAUGAAAAGUCUAAUGAUGACAUACCGUCCAAUAAAUUUCGUUACAAUAUAAAUGGUAAAGACGAUGUAAAAACCGGAGCAGUUAAUGUGUUGCCAUUUGAUCAAAAUUUAUUGUCAAAUAAAGUGGAUUUGUAUACAAAAUCUAAAACAUCAUAUCCAAAGAAAUUAGAUGGGAUAAAAGAAGAAACUUGCGAUACAGAAAUACAGACAAAAAAAUAUACUGCAAAGGAGAAUGCAGAAAAAGACAUUUGCAGUAAAGAGGAUAAACUAUGUAGUGGAAAAGUAAAAACAGGAAAGGAGGAACAUGUUCACAAUAUUUUAGUUGAAACGAAGCAUAACGUUUCUCCAUCUGACAGUGAUGUGAAUGUUCAUGCCAUAAACAAUGUAAAAUCCGUAAUUACCGGCAGUAAUGAACAUUCAGAAAUUACACUCAAAAAUGAUAACACUCAACAUAAAAAAGAUACACAAACGAGAAAUGCAUUACCGGAACAUGAGAAAGAACACGAGAAAGAAUGUCCAAUGGUACUUGGCAAUAAUUCAAAAAUGUCUACAAAAAAACAAGAAUAUGAAAAAUCUGAAUUCUUUGAUUCGGUGAAAGACGCAGCCAAUAAUUCUAAGGACUUGAAUAAGAAUUCUUUGAAAAGGAAAAAUCAUGAAAAGAGUAAAAAAUAUCCUGAACAGAAGAAUGAAAUUAAAUAUAAAAGAGAAAAAAGUCAGAAUAAUUUGGAAAACUUACUCAACUAUAACUGGCAAAUCCAGAGGUCUCGUUCUCGAGAAAAGUUCCGUGAACGUGAUCGUGCUUCGGAAUGGUAUUUCAAUCGUGCCAAUGCUAGGCAAAAUAUUCGAGAAAAUAUUAAACACGACGAAAAUACGGAGCCAGUUUGCAAUUCGAAAAUAUGUGACCCCUCGCUUGAUGAAGACACAGAUAGCAGAGAAUUUUCGGAUUAUUGGCUGGACAGAAAAGACCCGAAUCUCCAGAAACAUUCCGCGAAUCGUUUUGCAUUUAAAAUUAAAAAAAUGAAUAGAAUUUCCUCCAAAAAAUACGCUUUGCAUUCAAGACGGCGAUGAAAAAUUCACAUUGAAAUCUUCGUUCUUUGUAAAAUGUUAAAUAAUCACAUGACAAGAAACAUACCAAAUUUUAUUUUACUCUAGGGAAAGAAGACUUUCACAUAUUAAGAAUAAAUGCAUUCUAAAUUAAGAUAUAAUGAGAAUUAUAUAUUUACUAUUAAAUAUAUACGACUUCACUUGUUGCAGAUCUUUAUUAAUUCACGGGAGAAGUAUAUAAUUUAGAAAUACGCAUAACCACGUUAGUUUGAAUAUUCAUAACGCAUUGCACGGAGCGUUGGUUCAAUAGCGAUGCAGUUUCGCUCCGAUGAACAAUUAUAAGUAAUAUUUGUAAGACGUUUGAAAACUAUUCUUCGAAAAAAUUCGCCUCUUCAUUCUGUGUAGAUGUGACUGAACAUGGCUUAAUUGUACAUCGGCAUUUAUAAUUAUAUGUUCAUACAUAACGAAUACUCUUUGCUUUUUGAACUGUUUAAUAUUAAAAAAGUUUCUAUUAUUUUUUUAAUUUAUUGUACCCGUACACUUGUAAUCAUAUUGUGGACUCAACAUAAAAGAUUGUCUCAAUUUCAUACAAAAUGGAAACGAUUAGUUUUAGUAUAUAAUCCGUUAUACUUGACAAUUGCGACUCAUUCACUUUUAUUUAAAUAUCUCUGUACAUUCCAUAUUGGAUCUCUAUUGAAUUGAAAUUUGAGCAAUUAGAAAAUCAGUAUUUGUUGAUAAUUUCGUGUAUAUCACCUUAAUACAUUCUUAAUGCUUUGGCAGUAUCUCUUUUUUUGUAUGCAAUUGAAUGAUUUACAAAACGACAUAUUUAAGAAAUGAUUACAUUAACAUUGUUAGUAUUUAAGCUAUAUCUCUUUAUUAGAUAUUAAAUUGCCCUUGAAAAUUGUGAUCGUUAGACAGUUGUAUAUAUGUAUACGAUAUCGUAAUUGAUAUUGAAGAAAAAUAGAGACUGUUAAUAGCACUCGAUGCAACUUUGUAAUUAAUUAGGCAAUCUUUAAGAAAAGAUUCAAUUACGUUACGACGAAAAUAACCAAAUGAUUUAUUAAAUAUAAUUAAUGAAAAUUGAAAUAUGUGAAUUAUAAUUUCACUCGUGUACUGUGACGAAACAAAAUAAAAGCAACAGUGAAAACCAAUGGAUAUUACCACUAACACCUUACAGAUUCAAAAUAUAGAUGGCAUAAACUUUAUUAGUAUAAAAUGGCAGAAAAUCACUCACUUUCAGAUAUAAUUUCCUCAGAAUUAUUACCAUGCGGGAUUUUUAUUAAGCCAAAAAAUGUAUGUUUGUAAGUAUUCUUAAUAUCAAGUAAAAAUAACCUCAAUCAUUAA